AUGGCUGUUUCGGCCAUGAGACGAGAUAUUAAUCCAACUAUCUGUCACGGUGAGGAUGUUCUCCUUGAGGAGCUAUCAUCCCGACUGAAGGGUGUCUUACCUGUCCAACCAAGUCCCUUGCUAGUACCAUCUGAUAAUUCUUCAUCAUCGCUGAAAAGUACCGUGCUUGAUGGUCAUCUAAUAUCGUGUUUCGUAAUCGGUGGAGAAUGUCGUCUGUGCUUUCCGCAAAUUAUUUCCGUCGUACUGCAAGAUGUGAAAGUUGACGAUGUCAACGAUUUAUUCGUUGAUUUGAAUAUUCAUAUAUCUGUUGCUAGUCAACAACAAUUGGACACAUUGAAAUUGGCCGGUGUAAUGCCGAUGACUGCAGAUAGUUGUGGCCUAGUGACAAAAAGUGAUGCUGAACGGCUGGUAGCAAAGUUACUUCCGCGUACGUCAGGACCUCUACGGAAGAAGGUUUGUCGAGACGAUGCGGUACCAAUAUGCCAUGAUUGCUUCGGUGGCUGUAGCGGUUUGCUGUUAGGAUCGAUUGAUGGUGAUGAGUGCAUUGAAUGCUCGGAAUGCAAAUAUAUGUUUAGUGGAGAGAAGUUUGUUGCUCAUACACAUUCGUUGAAAGAAAUUCGGCGUGUUUGCCAUUGGGGUUUUGAUUCUGCCAAUUGGAAGUAUUACCUCCGUAUUGCUGAAACGCAUGAAAGUGACAUUCAUGCGAUUCGUCUCUUUGAACACUUCAAAAAUCCUCAUUUACGACUCGGCAAACGACAUAACGAUUGCAAGGUGAGCAUCAUUACCAUUUCAUUGCGCAUGCAUGUUCUUUAUUUCUAUCUUUUACUUAUGAUUUUCAUCUUAAUGUAA